AUCUUUUAUGCCAUACAAGUGUUUAUAUAUGCAUGUAUAUGGAUUUGUUUUUGAUGGGCAGGCAUUGGCAUUUACUAGAUGUGAUGAUCUUAUACUCAAUGGAUUGACCCAUAUCAACAGCCCAAGAAGCCAUAUAAGCAUAGACAAUUGCAAGGGUGUAAUCAUCUCUAACCUUCACAUAAUAGCCCCUCAAACAAACCCUAACACUGAUGGAAUUGACAUCUCUGGCUCGAGCUACGUUAUAAUCCGUAACUGCACCAUUGGAACAGGUGAUGAUUGCAUUGCAAUUGGUGGGGGCUCCUCCAAUGUUAAUAUCAAUGGUGUAACAUGUGGACCAGGCCAUGGUAUAAGCAUUGGGGCCUUGGGUCGUGGAGGGUUCGACACAGUUGAAGAAAUCCAUGUGAGGAACUGUACAUUCAAAGGAACCAUGAAUGGAGUCAGGAUCAAGACUUGGCAGGGAGGGACUGGAUAUGCAAGGAAGAUUUCAUUCGAGAAGAUUAGCUUCGUCGCAGUCGAUAAUCCCAUCAUAAUCGAUCAGUUCUACUGUCCUAGUCAAGUUCGUUGCCUAAACAAAGUAAAAAUUCAAAUUUUUCCUUAGAAAAUUUGUUUAUGAUCCCCAUGAAACUAAACUUUGACAGUUUUUUUUUUUUUUGGGUUUCUCGCCGGGGCUGCAAUUUUGACGACAUCAGCAGUUGAGUUGAGUGAUAUACCGUACUCUGGAAUUAAUGGGACAUCAACAGCGGAUGAUGAGAUAAAUCUGAGCUGCAGCCAGAGUGCUGGCUGCACGGGCAUUUCGAUUGAUCAUGUGUAUAUAACUUCUACGAAUCUGGGGAAGAGGACUUACGCUAAUUGCUUCAACGCCCACGGGACAUGCACCCAUACCGUACCUCCUGUCAAAUGCCUACUUCCAUAAAAGAACACAUCCUGUUUCUUUAUCGUGAUUACAAUGAUGGUGGUUGGAUUUUGAUAUAUAGUGAUACUUUGAUCCUUACAUUGAUGCCAUUUUCUUUCUGUAAACGUAGUGGUUCUUGAUAUACCUUGUGUUAUCAUGGGCAUGCCCUCAUACUUCCUUGGACAAAUUAUUUCUUUCAACCACUGGUUAUGAUACCACCACAACCUAUAAUAAACCUGAAGGUGUGGAAUUUAAAGAAAGAAAGGAAAGGAAAGGAAAAACACCGAUUCCAUUUACGGGUUAAGUCAGCAAGUCUUUAUGUGUUUCCAAUCAUAUGUUAACCUAUCGGUUCUAAAAUUCGGAUGCAUUGAGUGCAACUCAGCCGUUUGUUAAUCCUAUUAUAUCCCAAACGAGGUUUUAGUCUUUCUCCUUACAAGAGUGGUGACUGAGUAUUUGAAGAACAAAGGAUUUUCAAUUCUCUGUGAAGAAUAUCUAGCUCUCAACAUGCCCAUUCAAGGUUUCCACAGAAAUAUGGUUUGUCCUCAACAUCCACCUCUUUUCUCAAUUACUGCGAAAAUCAAUAUGUUGCAAUAUUAUAUUAUGAAUACAACCAUCACCUAACGAUUUUUACUUUCACUGUGUGUGUGUCAAGUAAAUGGCCAAAACACAAUUAUUUGUUCAAGCUUGUGGCAUGACAGGGAGAUCAAAUGUUGAAAAAACCUCGAUAAGGUGUUUGAGAAUAUCGUGGCACCAGAAAUUAACGAAUGGGCAAGGGAAAACUCAGAAAAUUGGAUUGGUUUCUCAAAUGAGAAUGGGCUUAUUGCCAAUGGGAGUUGGCAAAUCGGCCGCCAAGGCUCUGCCUGGUGGAAUCAGCACAAUGAACUCGACGAUUCUAGCAUUGGUUUUAACGCAGUCUUUGUGCUACAUCUCUCACCUCAUUGAAUCUUUUCCUUGCUUCUGUUUACUAUUUAAAUUUCUUCGUAAUAAAUUUAAAAAAGACGUCUUUUUGUCAGAGGCCAAAUUUCCACAGAUCCACAGUAAGUUAGACCUCUUUCCAAAGCAUCAUCAACUCCUAUCCUCAUUGACCAAUACUACAGUAUCACUGAUGUACCUUGCACAAACCAGGUAAGAAUGAAGUGUUUACAUACAUAAAUGCAUGUGUACGUACACGAUGGUCGCUAUUUCUAGCUGUCGAAUUGCUAAUUAAUUAUCUCUCUUCAUCCUACCUGAUGUUGAAGACCGCUGCUAUUCAAGUGACUGACACUACAUAGGAUGGAUUCCACGAGACAUCAAACAAGGACAAUCAAACGUAGUUGCAGUGAGACUGUCCCGUGCACUGGACAUUUUGUGGAGGGAAUAAGCAGUCAUAUGAAAACCACAAGAUAUCCAAGACAAUUACCAUCUUCAUAACAUCUGUGUAUGGAUGACAUUAAGUAAGAAGCAUCAUAAUGCUGAAUGUUUUCCAUUGGAUU